GUAUAGCGAAUAGGAAUAAUAAUAGGUUAUUUCCUUGGUACUAUAUAUGGCUGUGUUUAAUUGUUGUUCAAGUAGCUUAAUUGUCCGUUUGAUGAUAUUGUUUGUGUUAUCGUGGAGAACAAAGGGGGUGGUGAAACUACCAGCUAAUGUUUCAAUCCCAGCAGUGAUAGGUUUUGGAGAUUCGAUCGUGGACCCUGGCAACAACAACAGGAUUCAAACCCUCGUCAAGUGCAAUUUCCCUCCUUAUGGUAAAGAUUUUCAGGGAGGGACCCCUACCGGUCGAUUUACCAAUGGUAGAAUUCCCUCAGAUUUGCUAGUUGAAGAACUGGGUAUUAAGGAGCUUUUACCAGCUUAUUUGGAUCCAAAUCUGAAACCAAGUGACCUGGUAACUGGAGUCUGCUUUGCUUCUGGUGCUACCGGAUACGAUCCUUUAACGCCAAAAAUUACGUCGGUGAUAUCAAUGUCGGAUCAACUAGAGAUGUUCAAAGAAUACAUAGGGAAGCUUAAAAACAUUGUUGGAGAGGAGAGAGCAAACUUCAUCUUAGCCAACAGUUUUUACUUAGUGGUAGCUGGAAGUGACGACAUUGCCAACACCUAUUUCAUCGCUCGCGUUCGACAAUUACAAUACGAUAUUCCUUCUUACACUGAUCUUAUGCUCAACUCCGCUUCUGAUUUCGUAAAGGAAUUAUAUAAACUUGGAGCACGCAGAAUCGGAGUACUGAGUGCACCUCCGAUAGGGUGCGUUCCAUCACAGAGAACUCUGGCUGGAGGCAUACAAAGAGAUUGCGCAGAAAAUUACAAUUACGCGGCAAAGUUAUUUAACUCAAAACUCUCGAGGGAACUAAAUUCUCUUAACUACAACUUGCCCGAUAGUAGGAUCGUUUACAUCGACGUUUACAACCCCCUAUUAGAUAUCAUUGUCAACUACCAACGUUAUGGGUAUAAAGUUGCGGAUAGAGGUUGCUGUGGCACAGGCAAAUUAGAGGUUUCUGUGUUAUGCAACCAUUUGGACGGCACUUGUCCCGAUGAUACGGAAUAUGUAUUUUGGGAUAGUUAUCAUCCUACCGAAAGAGUAUACAGACAACUCAUAGUCCAAAUCCUUCAAAAAUAUUUGACUCGGUUCUUCUGAGUUUCACUUAGAGCACUUUAUGGGUUGCUUAAAUUUUAGCAGAGUUACUUGUAGAAGUAACUCUGUUAAAAUUUAAGCAACCCAUAAAGUGGGCCAGAACUAAUAUGACAGUGAUGUGGCACAUGAAGUUGCUUAUAAGUAACUCCCUGUGCCACAUCACUGCCACAUCAAUUCUGGCUCACUUUAUGAAUUGCUUAAAUUUUAGUAAAGUUGCUUCUACAAGUAACUUUGCUAAAAUUUAAAUAACCCAUAAAGUGAACCAGAGUUAAUGUGGCAGUGAUGUGACACAAGAGAUUGCCUAUAAGCAAUCCCUACUAAAGAUGCUCUUGGACAUGCAUGACACUAUUUAAUAUUAAUUGUAACACAUAUCAUAUCAUCGAAGAAAAUGAAUAUGUUCGAUCGAGUUUA